UUGAGUUGUCAAACAUGUUUUUGUACGAUAGCUGCGAGUGCGAAAUAUUCUCGAAAUAAUUUUCCGAAUUAUAUUGCUCAUACUAUUACAUAUUACGUUUAGUUGAACCUAGUUAUAUCUUUCUCAGUUGAGACGAGUUUGCAAAUUCGUAUUUCGUGAAAAUGGAGCCAGUAUUAGAAAAAACCUGCAUGGAGGAAAUCAGUCAUACAGUUCUAGAUUCUCAACAAAAGAUGUCUGUUCGAACGAUAUCCAAUAACUAUGGGCUGAACUUCGCGGAAGCGGUUGCAAUCUUGCAGAAAUGGAUCGAAAAAAAUGCCAAUAAGACAAAACUCAUAAAGGAAUUCAUUGUUCGUGGUAUUGAUUCUCAGAAGGGAUGUGCCUUUAUUACUGUGGCUAGUGAGAGGAAACUUAAAAGUAUCCAAUCCAAAGCCAAACAGGUUAACAACUCACUCUACUCAGUGGAAGUCGCUUCGGAAUCGUCGCGAAAAAUAACAGUUCCUGAAGACCAAGAAUUCAAAGUAAUUAAUCUUCCUUUGGAGACGGAUAAGCGAAACAUCAAAACGUUCGUCCCCGCUGAACUUCCUCCGGCCACGAUUAAGAAAGAACCAAAGUCAAAGAUGAAUUCUAUGUUUACGGCUGGACCAUCUAAAUCUGUUACAAAACAGGAGCCUCCUAAACCGACGAUCAAGGAAGAGAAGCAAAGCUCUCCACCGACAACGGCAAAGAAACAGGAAUCAACACAAUCGUCCUCUCCGAAGAAAUCACCAACAAAAGGUUCUCCCAGUAAGAAGAAAGAUGCCAAAAAGCCGGUUACAGGAAAAGCUUCCAUUGCUUCAUUUUUCUCCAACAAGCCGGCUUCUUCGAAACCAGCUGCAGCUUCAACAGUGACAGUGAAAGAAGAAAAAGUUUCACCAACGGAGAAAUUAACAGAGGAGAAGAAACUCAAUGGUAAUGGUCAUCAGGACGAGUCACUGCGUUGGAAAAGGAUGAUUUCGGAUGAGUCGGAUGAUGAUGAUGUGGUGCCAAAUACGCCACAAGACAAGAAGGAGCACAAGAAAGGCGGAAGUGUGAAGAAACCGUUAACAUUCAAAAAAACUGCAGCGAACAAGAAGGGAGCCAACCCAAGCAAAAAAUCUAGAAUCUUGCAAAUCGAAGAUUCUAGUGAAGACGAAGCCGAUGAAAAAAAUCUCGAAGAGCCGAAAGAGCGAGAGAUCCAGUUUGAUAUUGGAAUAUCGCAGGAUGUGGAUAUGAAGGAAGAUGAGGUAACGAAUACGAGUCCCGUGAAGACAUCAGAGAAUGAUUCGAACGAAACACAACGGAAAAAGGCUAAGGUUAAGAAAUUAGUCACAAAGACGUUCCAAGAUGAAGAGGGUUAUUUGAUUACCGAAAAAGUCUACGAAAUGGUUUCCGCCUCGGAGGACGAAGCAGAUGAUGUGUCUAACAACAAUGCCGCCACGAGGAAAGAUGUUCCGAAAGAAUCUUUACCAAAUGGUAGAAGCGAUAAAAAGCAUAGCAAAGCAACAGAUGAAAAGGUUGGUAAGGCUACACCACCCACACCUAAAACUAAGCAAGGCUCGAUUAUGAGUUUUUUCUCUAAAAAAUAAUUGUGGUUGAAUAUCUUUAAAAUAAAAAAAAAGUACAUACA